AUGACAAUAGAAGUAAAAUCUCCAAAUGGCGAUAUUCCCGUCAACGGCCAAAACGGAGUGAACGGGAAUUCGAACGGCGAUAUGGAUGCCAGCGGAAAUGGGCACUCCAACGGUGAUACGGAAAACGGGGCUAAUGGCACAAAUGGCAUUCCUAAGAAGAAAAUUGUAAUUGUCGGCUUAGGCAUGGUAGCUGUAGGGUUCAUUGAAAAACUAAUAAAACUCGAUGCCCGCCGACAAGAAUACACGAUAGUGGUUAUCGGUGAAGAACCGCAUGUCGCAUAUAACCGUGUCGGCCUCACAACGUUCUUCGAACACCGAGCGAUCGAUAAAUUAUACCUAAAUCCCGUAUCUUGGUACGAUUCUCACCACCCAUCACUAGGCUACCAAAUCAAUACGAAAGUUGAAUCAAUCCACCCAGCCGAAAAAUACGUAAAAACGUCCUCAGGGGAGACGGUCACCUAUGACAUCCUCAUCCUCGCCACCGGUUCUGAUGCCGUCCUUCCAGCAAACACUCCGGGCCACGAUUCAACUGGUGUCUUUGUAUACCGAAACAUUGCAGAUUUGGAAAAAAUGAUACAGUAUUCGGCCACUGUAAAGGGCACAUUAGGUUGUGUGGUUGGUGGUGGUUUACUCGGACUAGAAGCUGCAAAAGCUUUACUGGAUCUCGAGAACUACGGUAAAGUAGGUCUGAUUGACCGAAAUAGAUGGGUUCUAUCGAGACAAUUGGAUAGUGAUGCUGGUGGGUUGGUUGUGGAGAAGGUGAGGGAGUUAGGAGUAGAUGUGAUGCUCGAGAGAAGGGUCAAGCAAAUUGAAACGAAUGAAGAAGGGAAGGUGCGCGGAGUCACUUUCGAGGAUGGGGACUUCGUUGAAGCUAGUACAGUUUGUUUCGCUAUCGGUAUCCGAUCAAGGGAUGAACUAGCUCGAAACGCUGGCUUAGAUUGCUACGAAAAGAGCGGUGGCGUAGUCGUCAACGAAAGACUCCAAACCUCCAAUCCGGAUAUAUACGCCAUUGGCGAGUGUGCAAGCUGGGAAAACCAGACAUUCGGGCUCAUAGCGCCUGGAAUAGAAAUGGCCGAUAUUCUUGCAUUCAAUCUCACUCAAGCCAAAGCACAUACUCAACGGAAAUUCAGGCGCCCUGACUUAAGUACGAAACUCAAGUUGCUGGGUGUAGAUGUCGCUUCAUUUGGUGAUUUCUUUGCCGAUCGUGAUGGUCCGCGAGAGAUGCCAGGACGACAAGCCGCUGCUGCGAGAAGAAGAGCUUCAGUUCAAAAGAACGGAAAUGGAGCCUCAGUAAUUCCGCCAUCUGUGAAGGCACUGACUUAUAAAGAUCCGUUUCAGGGUGUUUAUAAGAAGUACUUGUUUACGAUAGAUGGCAAGUUUCUAUUGGGUGGAAUGAUGAUCGGUGACACCAAUGACUACAUCAAACUAGUCCAGAUGGUCAAAACCAAAAAGCAACUUGAAGUGCCGCCAGCAGAGUUUAUCCUAGGGAGCCAAAAAAGUGGAGAAGACAACCUCGAUGACAUCGACGAUGAUACCCAAAUAUGCUCCUGUCACAAUGUCACAAAAGGUGACGUAGUCACUCACACCAAAAACGGAACAUGCAAAUCCAUCGGUGACGUCAAAUCCUGUACAAAGGCCGGCACAGGAUGCGGUGGUUGUAUGCCUCUCGUGACUUCAAUAUUCAACGCUACUAUGAAAUCUAUGGGAGCAGAAAUUUCAAACCAUCUAUGUCCUCACUUCGCCUACUCCCGCGCCGAUAUGUAUAACAUCAUCUCCGUCAAGAAACUCAAAACUUUUCCGGAUGUUAUGAAAGAAUAUGGAAAAUUUCCUGAUUCCGUUGGAUGCGAAGCUUGCAAACCUACGAUAGGAAGUAUCCUCGCCUCUUUAUAUAACAGACAUGUAAUGGAUAAGGACCUACAUGCAGUUCAAGACACGAACGACAGGUUCUUGGCCAAUAUCCAGCGGAAUGGAACCUUCAGUGUGGUUCCAAGAGUCAUGGGCGGAGAGAUUACUGCAGAUAGAUUGAUUACUAUCGGUAUGGUCGCAAAGAAGUACGGGUUAUAUUGCAAAAUUACUGGAGGGCAGAGAAUAGAUAUGUUCGGAGCCAAAAAAGGAGAUUUGUUGAAUAUCUGGCAAGAGUUGGUAGAUGCAGGAAUGGAGAGCGGACACGCUUAUGCGAAGAGCUUAAGAACCGUGAAGAGCUGCGUAGGAACUACGUGGUGUCGUUUUGGCAUUGGCGAUAGCGUGGGUAUGGCCGUUAGACUUGAAGAGAGGUAUAAAAGCAUUCGUGCCCCACACAAGAUCAAAGGCGCGGUCUCCGGUUGUGUGCGCGAGUGUGCGGAGGCUCAGAAUAAAGACUUCGGACUCAUCGCUACCGAAAAGGGCUUCAACGUUUUCAUUGCCGGUAACGGUGGUGCAAAGCCCAAACACUCCGAACUUCUAGCCAAAGAUGUUCCACCGGAUGAAGUCAUCCCACUCAUCGACCGUUAUUUAAUGUUCUAUAUCCGCACAGCCGACAAACUCCAACGUACGGCGCGUUGGUUAGAAAACCUACCAGGAGGGAUGAAAUACCUCCGCGAGGUAAUAAUCGAGGACAAACUAAGCAUCUGCAGCGAGUUAGAAAAUCAAAUGCAAGAGCUCGUUGAUAGCUUCUUCUGCGAAUGGAAAGAAGCUAUUAACAACCCUGAGAAACGGAAGAUGUUUCAACAGUUUGCCAAUACAACAGAUAGGCAAGAAACAAUGGAGGUUAUCCAAGAGCGAGAACAAGAAAGACCAACAUACUGGGCUUCAGACUCUGCAAAAUACGACUUUAAAGGGCAUAAAUGGAGUACCUUGGCCUGGCAGCCUAUUAUCGAAGCCAAGCACUUCGAAGGCGAUAACAGCGCUAAUGUUAAGCGCGGGGAGACACAACUAGCUGUCUUUAAGAUUAAGGGCAAGUACUACGCAUCACAGCAAAUGUGUCCCCAUAAAAGGUCAUUCGUCUUAUCGGACGGCCUGAUCGGUGACGACGCAAGUGGCAAACUAUGGGUAUCCUGUCCGAAUCACAAAAGAAACUUUGAGUUAAAUGGCACAGAAGCAGGGAAAUGUGCCAAUGAUGAUGAGAUUAAUAUCGCUGUAUUUGAAGCAGAGGAAAGGGAAGAUGGAUGGAUUUACUUGAGAUUGCCCCCGGUAGAGGAGCUCGAUGGUGUUCUGGCCACUGGAAAAUGGAUCGUAAGGAAGGACGAGGCGAAGCAACCCUUUGAGAAAAUGGAUGGUUACCUCAAAGGAAGGACGAGUAAAAAGCCAAGAGAUAGGACAAUAAUGAAAACGCAGGAACCGGUGAUGGUUGGGGGAUGUGGAGGACCAGGGUUAGAUUGGUAA